UUAUUAGUCAUCCAUUUGUUAUAUACAAGUGACAUUUACUAGGUUCUAAUCAGAACUUCAUUUAGAUUCUUACAGCUAAACACCUUUGCUUGCUUUCAAAGAGAAAGCCAUGACACACUAUAUCACUACUCCGAGACUCGUCUUCCUCGAUAUUGGGUUAGUUUGCUUGGGCUUGUUUCAAGUCUCAGUUGCAUCUGUUGUUUCAACAGGGAACUUCAACAAGGACUUCUUUGUAAUAUGGUCUCCUUCCCAUGUUAACACUUCUGCUGAUGGACGAACCAGAAGCUUGAAGCUAGAUCAACAAUCUGGGGCUGGCUUUGCUUCAAACCAGAUGUUCUUGUUUGGGCAGGUGGACAUGCAAAUUAAGCUAGUUCCUGGUCAUUCUGCAGGCACAGUGCUAGCCUAUUACUUGACCUCAGAUCAGCCAAACCGUGAUGAGAUAGAUUUUGAGUUUCUGGGUAACGUGACUGGGCAGCCAUAUAUAGUUCAAACUAAUAUAUAUGCAGACGGGUUUGAUAACAGAGAGGAGCGGAUUUAUCUGUGGUUCGAUCCAACCAAAGAUUUUCACACUUAUUCUGUCCUGUGGAAUCUGCACCAGAUUGUGUUCAUGGUGGAUAGGAUUCCAAUAAGGGUGUACAGGAACCACGCAGAUAAGGGAGUGCCAUAUCCAAGAUGGCAGCCAAUGAGUGUGAAAGUGACACUGUGGAAUGGAGAUAGCUGGGCAACACGAGGUGGCCAUGAUAAAAUUAACUGGACAAAAGGACCCUUUAUAUCUUCCUUCACAAAUUACAGGUUAGAUGGCUGUGUUUGGAAAGGGAAUCCCAGGUCGUGUAGGGCAUCUAGUCCUACAAAUUGGUGGAACCAGUACAGCUUCAGCACACUGAGUUCUUCUCAGAGAAGGUGGCUCAGAUGGGUUAGGAAGUACCACAUGAUUUAUGACUAUUGCCAGGAUUAUCACAGGUUCCACAAUCAUCUUCCCGCAGAAUGUUCACUUCCCAAGUACUGAUAUAUAUAAUUUCAUUUCAGAACAGGAGAUAUCUCUUAUUGGGUUGGCAAAGAACUUCAAAUACCAGACAUUUACUGUAGCUUGUAUCAAUAUUUUUAGCUUAACUUCACCAAGUUUAUGAUUAGCUUCAGUAUAUGUGUAAUAUUGUAAGCCAGAUGUCUGGGCCAGCUGAAAUGUUUCGUCUGGCUAGUUUCCAGGUGGGAUUAUAGCAAGAAUAUGGUGAGAGAACAGUUAUUUUUUUCCCCCCUUUUCCUGGAUGAUUUGCAACUUGG